AUGGUCUUACCAUCAAAAUUUCCUCGUGUACUAACAGAAGCAUCUCGUACAUUUGAUUUAAAAGAUCCUCAAAUACGUUCAUUAUUAUUAUCAUUAGGUACACGUGCAUUAGCAUUAGUUGGUUCAAUGGUAUUUAGUUAUUUAUUAAUACGUUAUGCCAUAAAACAACUUGAUCCAACAUAUGAAGAAAAAAAACGUCAAAAAGAAUUAGCAGAAAUUAUAUCAAAGAAAAUGAAUUUACCUCAAGCAAUUGUAAAUAAUUUUAAUGAAUAUGAAAUGUGUCUUUUAACAGAUUUAAUUAAUCCAACUGAUAUUAAUGUUACAUGGCAAGAUAUUGGUGGUUUAGAUGAAAUUAUUGAUAAUGUUCGACAAACAGUUAUUUAUCCAUUACAACAUCCAGAAUUAUUUAAUCAAUCAAAAUUAUUAACAACACCAAAAGGUGUGUUACUUUAUGGGCCACCAGGUUGUGGAAAAACAAUGUUAGCUAAAGCAAUUGCUAAAGAAGCAGGAGCAAACUUUAUUAAUCUUCAAGUAACAUCCCUAUUGGACAAAUGGUAUGGAGAAUCUCAAAAACGUACAGCUGCUAUAUUUUCUUUAGCUAAAAAACUACAACCAACCAUUAUCUUUAUUGAUGAAAUUGAUUCAUUUAUGCGAACACGUCAAAAUGAUGAUCAUGAAUGUACACGAAUGGUUAAAACUCAAUUUAUGACAUUAUGGGAUGGUUUAGAAACUGAUGAUAGUAAUCCAUUAUCAAAUCGUAUUCUUAUUAUAGGUGCAACAAAUCGUGUACAAGAUUUAGAUGCAGCUAUUUUACGUCGUAUGCCAACACGUUAUCAUAUUUCAUUACCAAAUUUAAAUCAACGUACUAAAAUAUUUCAAUUAAUAUUAUCAAAUGAAUUACUUCAUACAGAUGUUGAUCUUGAACAAUUAGCACAACAAACAUCAAAUUAUACAGGUAGUGACAUUAAUGAAAUAUGUCGACAAGCUGCUAUGCAACGUAUUGUUGAAUUAUGUAAUCAACCUUCGAUAACGGAUGAAGAAAAUUCUAUAUUACAAUUAAGAUCUAUUACACAAGCAGAUUUUCUUGAAGCUCUAAGAAAAGUACGAGAUAAUCAUCAACAUCAUCAAUCAUUUAAUAAAUUAUUCCUUGAUUGA